AUGGGCAAGAUCUUGAAACCAACCGGAGUGGCUCUCCUCAGUAUCUUAUCUUAUGUUCAGGCAUAUCCUUCCAUUACCAUUGAGCACUCGCAAAAGACUCCAUUCUUUGUUUUGGCGGGUGAUAGCACCACGGCUACUCAAUCCUCGAACGGUGGAGGAUGGGGGGACGGCUUUCUCAACACAACCCUUUUUAAAGGAGCCUCUGGUCAUAAUUUUGGCCACAACGGUGCAACUACUGUUAGCUUUCGAGAUGGAGGUGAUUGGGAUGAGGUUUUAGCGACCGUGAGAAAAGUACGAGACGACCACCAUCCAUUUGUGACAAUCCAAUUUGGACACAAUGACCAAAAGCCAGCUGCAAACAUUUCUUUAUCACAAUACACCAGAAAUCUUGGAAGAUUUGUGACUGAGGCUUCUGAUGCUGGGGCUACACCAAUUCUUGUCACUCCUCUGUCUCGGCGCAACUACGAUAACUCAACAGGGACACCGCAUAUCGUCAUGAGUCUCGCCAAUGAGACCAUGGCCACCAUCAAUGCUGCCCAUCGCUCACAUGCUGCCUAUAUUGAUCUGAAUGAAGCUAGCACUCGGUACCUCAAUGAGAUCGGGCCAGAAAACGCUUUUACAUACAACCUCAAAUCAACAGACUAUACCCAUUUGAACGUGCCGGGGAGUACUCUGUUUGGGGGGAUUGUGGCUGAAUUGAUUGCCCAGAAAUUUGACGCCUUGAAAGAAUUUGGAUAUCUGCGUGUGGAUGGUAAACUCAAGAACGAUAUUGAUUCUGGGAUUUAUUACUGGCCUUAA